AUGGCUGACAAAUUGAUGGCUUCUCGUUCGUCUAGUGACACUGGUGAUUUGCUGAGGACCAGAGAAAUAGCAGCUACAGAAAUGAACACUAAACACUUCCAUCAAACGGCGAAAGACCAACCUAACGACGAUUCGCCGGUCGUCACGCAGGCCGCCUCAGAUGAUGCGUAUUCGUUCAAUCAACGGCCUAUCAAAUCGAAUGGCCUCAAUUUCGGAGGUUAUUUGACCUACAACGUCACGUCGUACACGAAAAGCGAGCUCAAUGAGCUUCAGAAACGGCCAGUAUCGGAGCUUGAACAGAUCCGUAACCUGAAGGAUCGAAUCGAGUCCGGUCACUUCAGUACCACCGUCAAUAACCCAAGAUCUCACGGGAAAUCGAAGAAAUUAUCGGCAAAUAAGUGGCCGAUGUCCUUUGGAUCCAAUAAAGAUCCGGAAAAGUUUUGUAAUGGUGUUGAUAAUGUUAAGAGUGUUGGUGUUGUUGGCAGAGGAGGGAUCAAUGGAAUCGGUCUGGAGAAUAUGAUGAAGGAUUGUAGGCAAAUUUUGUUGAAGCUGAUGAAGCAUAAAAAUGGUUGGAUUUUCAAUACGCCCAUAGAUGCAGUCGCCUUGGGUCUUCAUGGGCAAAUUAUGCUAAAACGACGCUGUCUUAACUAA